GGAUAGAGUUGAGCGAACACGAGAAACACAAAGAAAAAAAUUAACCUAGCCGUUUCAUUUUUUGGAAUAAACAGUAUUUUGCAAAAUCUGUUUUCUUUCGCAUCAAAUUUAGUUUCGGAGACAUUAUUGUUUCACAUUUUCCAUGAAAUUGAUUCUUCUACAAAAUAUGCCGCUGCUGAAUUUUCCUUUUAUCUCACACUUCGUUGCCAGUUUUAUCGGUUUUAAAACGGUUUCCAAUAAAAAUGUUUAUUUUGGUGAAAGAAUCCUUUCCAGGUGGUGAAACAGCGAGACUUGUCCAAACACAUUUUUUUAUUUUCAAAAUGGUGCAAUAAAAUGAUGGUAUUCAAAGUAAUACUGCAGCUGUAAAGCGACCUUCGGCCAUCUUUCUGUAACAAAAAAAAGAACUUUAAAGGCGAGCCUCUGCUUUGAUUUCCCGAUCAUUCAUUCCUGUUCACACAUUAUGGAAUUUUUAUUAUCAUAAAUUAAUUAAUUUCAUUUGCUCUAAGCACGCUCUCUGAAUUUUAUGAGCUCUUCUUUUUUAUAUUCUUUGCACGCCCCAAAAUCCGAUUGAAUUUGAAUAACGCUUAAAUUCCAUUCAAUUGUUACCUUUUUGAGAUCAUAGUUAGAAAGGCUUCUCUAUUCUCUCUUUCAUUGCUAUGGGCUGGGUUCGGGCGAGAGAUGCAAUCAAACUAGCCCCCCUUGCCUCUGGGUUGUACAGGUUGGGAAUGUACAGAAAAUGGGGUCAGAUUGAGGUCAUCUACAUUGGGGUCACAUCCACUGGGGGAUCAAUUAGAGAGACACUCACUAAAUUGUUCCUCGGACUGGAGGGCGAUCCGAACUUGAUGCUGUACGUCUCCCCACUUUGGACCAAAGGAAAUCUGUUCGUUGACUGGACUGUGCGUCUGUACCCCAAGACAGACAUCAAUGACGUCAUAAGAUUGCAAGUGAAGUCCACCCGUAGAGUGCCCUUGUUCAACCAGAGGUCAUCGGAGAAGGAUCCUGUGCUUCCGUAUGUUGCAAGAGAGUGCAACAUGCACAACCCGCAACUAUUCCACUGAAUUUUUCAAGAACUGCACAAAAACCAGCACAAAAACCGAAAAACUAACUAUAAAACGUCAAUUUUGUUCCAUAAGAGCAAUUUGCCGACAAUUUUAUCUGUUACGACAUGCUAUUAUUUUGAAUUUAAAUUUUUUGCCAAAGAAAAUAUACCUGGCCUAAAAAUGCAGCAGAAUUGUUUAGAAAUGUUUGUCACAAAAUUAGCUGUAAAGUUGGAAUC